UUUCCUCUCUGUCUGCCGUUUCGAAGUCAGAGGCAGCGUGUCAUCUCGCGAGAGUGCGGCGUUAUCUCUCCCUUCACGUCAGGUAACUGUUACAGACGAACCUUUAUUACCGGGGAGAAAAAAGAGAGUUUGGGCUAAUCUGACAAGUAGAAACGGAGACUGAUGACAUGAAGAGCUAUACUGAGUAGAUCAUCUGGAAUAAAAGCUCUCCAGCGGCCAUGAACGCCACAAACGGUUGUGAACCGCUUUACGAGGAAGAAAACCCGCUUCCACUCGUGGCUCUCUACGGCACAGUCCUCACGCUGGGCCUGCCCGCUAACCUGAUCACGGUCUUCCUGGCGUUCCUCGAAGUGUGCCGGAAGAACGUCCUGGCGGUCUACCUCUUCAGCCUGUCGGUGUGUGACCUGAUGUAUCUGGGCACGCUUCCCCUCUGGGCCAUUUACAUCAACAGAGGUCACCACUGGGAGUGGGGCUCUCUGGCCUGUAAGGUGACGGGCUUCGUGUUUUUCAACAACAUGUACAUCAGUAUCUUCUUGAUGUGCUGCGUCUCCGCGGACCGCUUCGUGGCGGUGGUCUACGCCGUGGAGUCUCGAGGUCUGAGGAGGAUGAGGCACGCUGUGAUCAUCAGCGCUGCGAUCGUGGCGGUCGUCGCUGUGGGACACGUGCCGGUCUUCACCAUGACGGAGGGCGACUCGGAGAGGAUAAAGGAGAAGCGGUGCUUCGAGCCGAGCGACCCCUCUCCCUUAGUGACGGGACUCAACUACGCCCGCUUCUUCGUCGGUUUCUUCAUCCCCCUCUGCAUUUUAACAGUCACCAACUUGGCCAUCAUUGCUAAAGUGAAAGCCAGCGCGGGGUUGAAGCCCCGGGCUAAAGUCAGAAUUCGAAAUCUGGCCUUAGCCGUCAUCUUGUUCUUUUUAGUCUGCUUCACGCCGUACCAUGCGAUCCUUUUGCUGCGUGCCGCCAAUUUCCACUUGUCCGAUGGGAAGUGCGACUUUGAGAGAAGCGUCUACACACCCUAUACGAUCUCUCUGGGACUGUCCACCAUCAACAGCGCCAUCAACCCCGUUUUCUACGUGCUUAGCAGCCACAGCGUUUAUAAGAAGAUCCACAAAGGCCUACAGGUACGCAACAGCUCAAGAUCUUCUUCUUUUGCAUGACUUCUCUUUUAGUUUUUUGUUUUUCUGUAGCCUGUACGGCAUUUCAGUGUUUUGAAUUCUAAUAUGAAAUCUUACGCUGGUUCAUUAAAACGUGGACGAUUUA